CCGCACUCCCCAUUCCCGCCCCGCCCUGUUAUUUUUUCCCGCAAGAGCUAAUGUGGAAAAAUUUUAUAUUUACGGAUUUAUAUGUGUUACUUUCAUUGUUUUUCGGUUUUCGUCAGUUUUUACAAUGGAUAAGUGUGGAAUAUGCCUAAAACCUGCAGUUCAGCUGUUUGAAACGGGCAAGGAUGGUGUGUAUGCAUGCUUCAAAUGUCAGCCAUUGGUGCCAGAGGUGUCCAUUGGGGAGAACAGCUGUGACCAGCCAGAAGCGCACUCCUCCAACAGUGAAGAGGAGAGUGGUGAGCCCUCAUUGUACUGUGGUGUAUGCCACAAAUCAUUCCAGAAAAAUGUUCAGCUGCAGAACCACUUGGCGGUCACCGUGCGGCGGCGCUUUGUCUGCACCUACUGCAAUAAAGCAUUUUCUCAAUCUAACAACUUGAGAGCUCAUCUCCGCAUUCACACCAAUGAGAGGCCAUUCAAGUGCUCCGAAUGUGGAAAAGCUUUUACACAGGUGACCAAUUUGAACAACCAUGUUCGUCUUCAUACUGGCGAGAGACCCUUCGUAUGCCCCGAGCCGGGUUGUGACAAGGCGUAUGCUCAGGUGACGAAUCUGAACCAGCAUCGCAAGCGGCAUCUGAACGGACGCCCCGUGGAGACCACGUACGACUGUACCGUCUGCGGAGAGCAGUUCCAGCAGCGGAACCAUAUGUACAAUCAUAGACGCGAAGCGCACGUGGACGUGAAGGUGGUGGCGCGCCAUCCGAACCAGCGGCGCGCGUGUCCGGUGUGCGAGCUCACCUUCCCCAACGAGCGCUCGCUGCAGCAGCACGUGGUGGUGCACGUGGCCGCCGGGGACACCAGCCAUGACCAACCGGAGGAUACCAAGCGCGUGUACCCGUGCGUGUUCUCGACGUGCAACAGCCAGUUCCCGUCGCCGCGCGAGCACACGGAGCACCUGCUGCGCGCGCACCAGCUGCGCGUGCUGCACGCCGCGCGCACCACGCACCACGAGCCGCCGCCGCGCCGCGGCCGCCCGCCCAAGAUAUUGAAGGAAGAUCCAUUGGAGCCGAAGGAGAACAUGCAGUAUCAUGAGGUGACGAUCAUCAAGCAGUCGCAGUCCCAGUACUUGCCCAAGUUGAAAGUGCAGAGUUUGUUCCAGUGAUGUGUGAGAUAGAGAUUAAGCUAAGUGUCGAAACAAGUUUCGUAUCUAAUAUCUGCAGAUCAUAAUCGUACAUUGUUCUAACUUAGGUCCAAUUACGUAAGAUUACAUGUGCUCUGUACUUAAACUAUUUUAAACGUUAGCGCACAUUAAUAAGGGCCGUAUUGCAACGCAUAGCAUAACAGUAUGAAAGUUUCAUACAUUUUCUAUGACUUAGGUCUAAUCUCACAAGUAGUGAAGGGUUUUACACUCCAUUGCAGUAUAUGUCUUCAGGAAGACGAAUAAUUUAUCAAGCUUCAUGCAGAAAUGAUAGGGGUUUUUUUCUGAUGGUAAUUUAAUACUAGAGAUGCGUUAUCGAAUAAAAGUAUCGAUACUUUACUAGUAAGUAGUAUCGAUACAGAAGAAUCACAAACAACCUGUACCAUAAGGUAUAAUUGUGCUUUGGAAUCUCUACAUUAUCAAAUAUUUUUUUCGGCAGCUAAAAAGAAAAUAUUACAUCACUAAUUUAGAAAAAGUAUCGAAUAAGAAAGUAGGUCGCUAUCGGUAAGAAUAUUCGAUUUCUUUUCUUUUUCCCUAUAUCAGAUCUCAAGUGCCUAAAGCACCACUUUUUGCAACGCCCUUAGAGAGUUUAUUUUUCAAGUACUUGUGCGUCUGGCACUAAUAUUUUGGGCUUUGUUGCUUUGUAUAAUUGCAAAAUGCAUUGUCAAUAUGCUAACCCAAAAUAGGAUUGGGCAAAACAGCAGACAGUCGAUAAUAUUAUUUCUUAAAAAAAUAUGUAUAAAAUUAAUAAUAUACAUACUUUCAUAUUUUUAUUGUUAAAAACUAAGGAAACAGCACAUGUUUAUCAACAAAAGUAAUGACUUAUGAUUUUCAAUGUCACAAGAAAAAAGUAAGACAUUUCACAACUGUUAUACAGAAUUGGUUGUGCCUUUAGAUUUUGUGGAAAUAUAAAAAAAAACUGAUAAAAUGUCAGAGGAUUUUUUUAGAAAACAAAAUUUACAAAUAGUAUUGAAAUUUUAACAGUGAUCUCUAAAAGUGGAUUCUCUUAGCUAAUAUAUCAAUUCUCGGUUUAAUUUUGGAAUUAUAGAAGAGGAUCUACAAUUAUAUUUAAGAAUUAUUUGUAAGUGAUAUUAGAGGUAAGUGCAAUUCAUAGUAAUUAUAAUAUAGACAUUGUUACAUUUUAAGAUAUUAAUUUUUUCAUGCAAUAUUUUUUAUAUAUCCCAGAACAGAAUAGUAUUUACAAAUUCGAAAAUAGUUUAUGCUUUUUUUUCGUUGUAAUACGUAUUGUGGAUCAUAAUUAUAUGCAUAUAACAUAGUAAUAAGAGUAAUUAUAUAGGCGGGAGUAAAAGGUAGAUUAUUAUUUUAUAUUAAUGUGCUUUAUGUAAUAUUGUUGGAUAUUGGUGUUAUGCCAGUUUUAUAUUGGAAGUAAAUACAUCAGGAUGAAUACAAUAAAUAAAAACAAUAAUUUUAUAAGUAAAUCAUUUGGUUAAAAUUUGUAAGGUAGUCUGUUUCUAACCAAUUACAACAGUUCAGUGCAUCUGCUGUCCAGCAUGAUCGUAUCAAUCAAUGUUAUGUGCGAGUCUAUAGCGUGGCUUGCCACAAAGCGGCCCUUUAUUAAAAUUUGUGGGUGUUCAGGGAGCGAACUUUUGAUUGGCCGCUGAGUUUAAUAUAGGUAUGAACCAAGAGGGGCUCUUAGAGCCGGGCGGCCCCGUGUCACUGAUAGAGCUGUUACGGCGUAUGUUACCGACCUGGUGCGAGUGGUCAGUGGCUUGCAUUAGAUUUUCUGUUUUUACUCGCAAUACAAGCAGUGUGUAGUCACUGUUUUAUUCCGGUUUGAAGGACAUUGUAGCCAGUGUAACUACUGGACAUAAUGAGACUUAACAUCUCAUGUCUCAGGAUGGCGAGCGCAGUGGAAUACCAAACAGUACUUAAUUCAAGGUGUUGGAUGGUGUUUCUGUUGUCUACGGGCGGUCAUAUCACUUAUCAUCAGGCGAACGACAAGCUUGUCUCGUUAAACAAAGUAUCUAAUCCCGCUAAUAGAUAAAGUCGACAGCGGAUUAGCCAGAGCCCACGCCGUCUUAUUAGUAGCUACAUACUGUGACACGUCGAGACGAGUCGAGCUACUGACAUACCAGUAAAUAAUAGUACACAACUGUCAAGUCAGUUGCUUGUGUGUCAGGUAUUUUAAAUGACCAAUAGAUGAUUUCCAUUUUAUAUGGCAAUAACAUUUCGAUUAGAAUAUGACUUUUUUUUAUUACGAUAGGGUAUUACUUCACAUUCAAUAUUUUUUAAAUAUAUUAUGAUUUUUUUAUUAAUUCCAAUUAUUUAUCAAAUUCAUCAAAUAAUCAAUUAAUAAUUUGCUCAUAAGGUCAUACUAAGACAUCAAUAUAACAUAACGUUUUAGUAUUAGUACUGUCGUGACCUAUGUUUACGCAACUUGUCCUUUAAGUCUAUUAUUUUUUUUUAUUAGAAACGUAAACAUAUAUGCUAUAUAUGCUAUAUAUGUAUGCUUACUGUUUAGAAUGUGGCAAAAAAACACGACACGACUCCGUGUCGUUUUAUUGUGAUUGGUUGGGAGGCUACCACGUGACUGACGCAUUGGUCUCUCGACCAAACACAAACGUCAAAGUUAAACGACUUGACUUAGGAGUCGCAUUUUUUGGUCAUUCUAAGGGGUUGGCCAAUUUAAUAUAUUUUUUUUUACAAUAUCUGUCAUGCCUGGUGUCGAUUAGGUGCGCCAAGUUGGACAGUGUCUUAAUUAAUUUAUUAUGAAACCGCGCAUACAAAAUAAACGCGAUUUUAUUCAACGUGUUUCCGUGCCGGUCAAGUUGACCUUUAUAUCUGUACUAAGUUAUGGAAUUCCAUUAUACACAAAAAAUAAAGUUGAUUGACUAUUGGACUAUUGAAUUGAUUUAUUAAAAAUUAUCAAAUCUUUGUUUUUAUGUAUUUUAUAAAUAUUUACUGGCAGAGAGGCCUUUAAAUAUUAUAUGAAUAAGGUUUGCAGCAUGGUUGAUUUUGAUUACUAUCUGGUGUUCCGUUAUAAUUAUAAUUAGAAAUGAUUCAUUAAUUUUUCGUUAAAUAAUGGAAUUUCAGUAACAACUUCAGGCAGCUUUCAUGUAUUUCAUUUUGCGGGGUAGUGGCAGCCGCAAGUUCGGCCUAAUGUUUUCAUAUCAGUUUUAUUUAAUAGUUACUAUGAGUUAUUUCAUUUACAAUAGGUCUUUUUAUGUUUAUAUUCAUUAUUGACGUAACUUUUAGGAACAUCGAUAUUUAUAGAUUUUUAUGUAUAUUCGUUAUUUCGAAGAUCAACUACAUUAUGAUUUUUUUUAUUAUCUUGAAAAUUGAUAUGAAGUUUGAAAUCCGUUUUAUAAGUCUUGAUGAAAAAUAUUUUAAUCAGGGGUUUUGUUUUUGGACCCCUAAAUGACUCGACAAAAGAGAAAUAAUAAAACAUAACACUUCCAUUUUACAAUGUCAACUUAUGAUUAUAUUUAUAACAUAUGCAAAAUAUUUAAUGGUUUUGUCACUCGUUGAGCUGGUCUUUAAGAAGGUAGCAGUGACGCAAAUAGAUUAUAUAAAAUAUUGUAAGCCGGGAAGUAAAGUAUAGUAUAAAAAAGGAUAUUCGUCUUAAAAAAUAUUUUUAUAACAACUUCUCAGGUGCGAUAAAAUGUUAAUAAAUUUUCGAUUGUUAUAUUAACUACUUAUAUGGAAUUAUAAAAACUUAUAAAAGCCUUGAAAAAUAUUUAAACGUUGAAAUUAAUUAUUCAUUCAUUAUAACCUCCAAUGUUUUUGACCGGGCUGAAGUUGGUCACAAGUGUCAGCAGUUGCGUACAUUAACCAUAGACGUAGAGAAUGGACAAUGCCUUCGUACCCUAUUACAUGAAUAGACAAAGUGUGAAAGGGAAAGCGAACGUAUGGCCAAUACUUGUAAAACUUUAUUUCACACAAGCUUAUAGGAACGAACGACUUCUGCACAUGCGCUUUCAACGAUUUAAAUGGCUUGUAUUGGCCGUUCAUUCGUUUUGUCUAUUUCCAAAGAGUGGUAAUUUUAUCUUAUUUUUGCGAUAGCAAUUAGCUUAUUUCGGUCAUAGACAAAAAGGUUACAUGGGGCAGAGUCCAAAAAGAUUGGAGGUUUUAUUCAAAGAAUGCUUUACUCCCGGCUUUUUAAAAUUAUCUCCGGUAGCCGUAGAGUUACGAUCUAGGCUAAGGUGCAAAUGUUCCUAUGAAUGUAUAAGAGUAUCAGAUGGUAUAGUAUGAAGUAUGCUGAGUGUACAGUCGACAUUUAUGUUAUCCGUAGCCUUGUUAAGCGUCAGCCAUGUCGGAAUUUUUCUAUUAGUAACAUAUAAUUAAUAAAAUAUAUUAUACAAUUUGAAAAUAUUAAU